UGCUGCCAAUAGUAUAUCGCGACAUUCUUUUAUGUAUUCACUAUGUGUCGUAUGGCUUAAUACUCUUACAAACACACAACGGGGAACGUUUAACGCGUAUUUCACUGCUUAUCUAUGAGUUUCGCUUUGUUAGUAUUAUUUCGACGCAUUUAUUAAUGCGUGAUUUAAUCGCGAUUCAUACGAGUAUAAUAAUACAUUCAAACGUCAAUAAUAAAUAGAUUUAUAAUAAUCAACAAUUUUUUUUUUUUUCUUCGGUUUUAUUAAAUCGUGCAAUGUUGCCCUUAAUCACGGCGUCAGGAACUUACAGAGAAUACAUGAACAUUUUACAAAGAUUAUCGGUCAAAACAUAAAAAAAAGAAAAAAAAAAAAACCAAUGUCUGAUAAACAGAUGAACAAAGAGUGCCUAUGGUUAGUGCAAUAUAUCGCUAUGGUGAAAGAAGAUGGCAAUUCUUAAGAAGCAUUGCUUCUGCUGAAGUGGCCAACUUGAGCUGGCUUGCUAAAGCACAAUGAGAGCCAUUGUAUCAGUCGUAUUGGUCACACUACUCUAUGGGAUAAGUUCAGCCCCCAUUUAUGCCAGUAGAAUAUGUGCGAGUAGAAAAAAAACUACUAAUGAACAUAUUUCCUUGAAAUUAAAUUCAGCAGGAUUGCCUGUUGAAGAUUUAUCCAAUAACAACAAUCAUGUAAUUCGUAUCUCAGCUGACGAUGAUAUUAAAUUUGACAAAUGUAUUAAUUUUUGUCAUGCACUCUGGCAAGAAAAUAAGACUGCUAAUGGUACAGAGAUCAUUAUUUUAUCACAAGGCUGCUGGAAACAAUCUGGUGAACAAAAAUGUGAAAAUACCGAAUGUGUUGCAUUGCAACGUUCUACCAAGGCUUUAAAUAAUACUAAGUUUUGUUGCUGUCAUGGAGAUUAUUGUAAUUUAAAUAUUACUAAUAAUAAUCUUUUGUAUUCCGAUAAUAAGAUUUUCAAUUCUGCACCAGUACAGAAAAAUCUAGCAACAACCGAAUAUUUAGAACAGUCAGAUUCAGAAAGAUGGUUACUCAUCGUAGUAAGCACACUAGUUUGCACUUUAUUGGUGAUAUGUACAAUAGCUAUGAUGAUAUAUCGAACAUACCGUAACAAUAUUUUAGCAAGAUUAGGAAAACCAAUGUCAUACAAUGACCAAUUUAUGGAUAGUACAGCAUUAAGGACUGGUACUUAUACUGUUGAUCAUUUAAAACUGACUACAAUUGUCGGACAAGGACGAUAUGGUUCAGUUUGGCAAGGUAGUAUGGGAGAUCAAGAUGUUGCUGUGAAAAUUUUCCCUUCUCAUUAUCGUAAUUAUUUUCAAAAUGAAAGAGAUACUUACUGUUUACCAUUCAUGGAACAUCCAUCUCUAUUAAGCUACUAUGGUGUAGAUGAAAGAAUAAGCAUGGAAGAUAGUACGGAAUAUCUUUUGGUAUUAAGCUUUGCACCAGGUGGUACUUUAACAGAUUUCUUACAAACGCAUACAGUUGACUGGUUGACAUUCUGUAAAAUGGGACUUUCCGUAGUCAAAGGACUUGCAUAUUUGCACACUGAUAUUCGUAAAGGAGAUAAAUUCAAGCCAUGUAUCGCUCACAGAGAUAUCAAUUCUAGAAACAUAUUGAUUAAAGCCGAUGGUAGCUGUUGCAUAUGUGAUUUAGGAUUAGCAGUGCAAAUAUCUGGAUCCAAAUAUUACUCAAACGGAGAAGAACAACAUGCUGAAAUAAAAUCGAUUAAUGAUGUUGGUACUUUGAGAUAUAUGGCACCGGAAGUAUUAGAAGGUGCUGUUAAUUUACGCGAUUGCGAAAGUUCUCUCAAACAAAUAGACGUUUAUGCAAUGGGCCUAGUUUUGUGGGAAUUAGUUUCAAGGUGUUCCGACAUUUACAUUCCUGGGUCAGAGGUGCCUCAAUAUAAGCAACCAUAUGAAAAUGAAAUUGGAUUGCAUCCUACAUUUGAACAAAUGCAAAUUUUAGUAUCGCGUAAAAAAGCAAGACCACUUUUAGAAGGAAAUUUAAUCGAUAGACCAGGAGUACGUCUUAUAAAGGAAACUAUGGAAGAUUGUUGGGAUGCAGAUGCUGAAGCACGUUUGACAGCUUUAUGUAUAGAAGAACGUCUUUCGGAAUUACAAUCUCAUCGUAUAACUUCAUACUUUACCGAUGGGAGUCCUAUGGUGAACUCUCACUGUGCCUUAGUGCCUUCAACCACGAAUAGCCUUUAUAGCGAAACUUCACAUCACGAUAAUAUCCAUGUUGUUCAACUAGCAAUGCACAUGAGUCAAGAUGGAUCUACAAACGAGAGCAAUAUGGUCGAUAAUUUGGUUACACUUUCCCCAUCGGAUAGUGUUGCUCACGAACAUAGUUUUAAAAAUUCGAAUGAGGUAGCUGUGUAUAAUCAUACACAAACUCUUCAACCUUAUCAAGGGAGAAAUCCUUGCAUGGAGAGAAAUUUGAUGUUACAAUCUGAUUCAUUAGAGGAUUUAGGAUGUAACGGUAACGUUUUAGUUGACAAAUCGUUGAAACAUGCGUGCAAUGAUCAAUAUAAGGUAGUAACGGAAGCGCAAGGUCUCGUUUCGCAUGAUUACUUAGGUCAACAUACGACACAAUUGGCACAACUUAGACCAGCUACACCAAUACCGUACGUACAAAAUGUCAUAUCAGAUGACGGUGCUACGUCGUACAAUAAACGUAAACAAACUAAUAUGCACGACAAUUAUCUUCAAGAAAGUCCACGUAAAAAGAUAUUCGGUGGUUGGCCAAAUUUAAAGAAAUUACUCGUCAAUAAGAAGAUGCAUCCAUAUAACAAAUAUCCGAUAGACAGGGAAGAUUCGAAAUCUAAUUUAUUGUCAAAGCAAAAUGUACAAAUUAAAACUGUCGACACUAACGUGACCAUCUCACCUGGUGGUAAAUACGUUAAUGGUAUUAUUGGUAAAACUUCAACUUCUACCACGCCAAUGGUUAAAAAUGAUAAGAACGUAGUAGUGCAAAUUGGUAACAACGCGUAUGACAAUGACGGAACGAGUAAUGCUAGACCCUCGACAUUACCAUUAGUCAAUUUGAAAAAUAAAAAAGGAGAGAACAAUCUUAGUAGGCAGGAGAGUAUUGAUAAAUUCAACGAAGUCUUUAACGUUAGAUCUAACGUCAAUGUGUUGAAAGAUCCCAAUAUGAGAAUUAAAACUCCGGGUGAUUUACCGCCAUCCGUAAGAAAGAUUCGUGGUCGUGCACAAUCUUCGGCUAGAUUUUCCCUUUAUGAUGAUAGAAUGAUGUGUACUAUUCUUAACGAGGAGGAUGAUCAUAGUGACAUAGCCAUUUGGAAUUCGGUAGCAUUUGGUAUGGAUCAUAGUGAAACAGAUGGAACGAGUUCACCUAUUAAACAUAGUACCAAAAAUGUAACUUGCUUUUAAUUGAAAAACACGAUAUAUGUGUAUGUAAAAUCUCGAUUAUAAUAUUUACGAAGAGAAGAGAAAAGAAGUAAGGAAAAAGUAAGUGAAACUAGAAAAAAACAAAAAUGAAAAUGAAAGGCUGAAGUGCAAUUUCGCCUGAUACAAAUUCAUAUAUGUACAGAGAAAUUUUGUUUUUAAAAAUUUAAAUAAGAUUUUAUACUUAAAUACUGAUAUGUUACUAAAAAAAAAAAAAA